AUACACUUUUGAUCCCCUAGAAUAACAUAUGCGUGUGUUAUUUGUUUGCAAAGAUCAUGCCUAAACCAAGACCGAAGGCGUAGAGAGGGGAGGAUACCAUGGAAGACCUGUGCAUGAAGAGUGAAAGAAGUAGAAUAAUUGGGCCAUGUUCAACAAAAAGCAAAAGAAACAAUUGGGCCAGUCCUUCAAAUCAAAUCCCGCCCAGCCCAGAUACUCGUUCCAAUUCAAGUAAGAAGCCCAUCAGAAUUUACUAACCACAAUGUCUCGAAUCGGAACCCGGAAACAAAACACUGAAACCGACCAACCCACCGCCUUGAACCACCGCCCCUCUGCUAUUACUUCUCCUUCCUCUAUCCUCAACGGCGGCGUUGGAACAGCCGAACAGCAAUAUCAGCAUCGCCGCAGCACCUGAGCGAAAGACGGAACCACGAUGGAAGAACCAAAAGGACAAAAAGUUCAAGCUACGGUUGCGAAAGAAGGCAUGGAAAACAUAACAGAGAGGCUCUCCUCUUUGGAGAACCUCUACUUCCCUCGCGCUCUACAGUCCGACGCCGCCGAUCCUUCCCAUCGGAAGUCUCUCCUGCACGACCUUCUCUCUCGCGAUCCCGCUGUCUUCUUAGAACGAUAUGGAGGACAAUUGACUGUUGACGAGCUUCAUGAGUUUGAUCCGCUUGGCAAUGACUAUGAGAUAAGCUGGCACUUAAAGAACCUCAAAAGCAAACUGAGUCCCACUGCUGAGGAUUUGCGAUCGAAGUCUGUGGCGGUGAAGAAUCGGAGGCUUGCUUACCUGAAUAAACUGAUAGAUGGUGGUAACUAUUUCUCCGAGGAUGCAAUGAGGCACAGAGAGCCGUAUUUGCAUCAUGAGUUUGUCGGUAAGUUUCAGGAUCAGACUGCUAGGAGCAUGGCUAGGCCAGGGGAGCGGUGGUCGGAGACAUUGAUUAGGAGGUCCGAGGAGGCAAUAUUGGUUUCGAAGAUUAGGGAGGAACAGCAGAGGUUAGGAGUCCCUGAGAGUGAAUGGGUUGCGUAUGGUGGAAACCAGCAGCAGGAAGAGGAGGAAGAGGAGGAAGAAGAAGAAGAAGAUGAUGAUGAUGACGAGGUUGAAGGAGCAAUGAAAACUCAAAGUGUUGGAAGUGCCCCAUCAGCUACAGAGCAACCGGACAAGGAUGAAAAUUUGUCAGCUGAGGAAAUGGAAGACAGGAUGGACCAAUUCACCACUGUCAUGCACCAGAAGUUCCUCUCCGGUGAAGACCAUGAGCAUUUAGAUUACGAAAAAAUCGAUGACGAUGAAACUUUGGAUGAUCAUUGGCACCAGGAAGCAACCCGUGAUGCAGAGGAUAGGUACUUUGCUGAUGUAGACUGAGACACGAUCCCAACAUGUAAGAAUACUUCACUGCGUUUGGUGUUUUUGGUUCUGUGAAAUGCUCUAAUGUAAUGGAGGGCUGUUUGCCUCGCUAGUCGCGGAGUUCUGUAGAUAUACGAGACUGCAUUGCGCUGUUUGUAAAUUUGCUUUGCAGUUGGUUAUCUAGGGCAUUAGUCAAGUUGAUGAUCAGGGUGUGGGAAAGAGCAGAGCACACGAAAUAUGAUAAUAGGAAAAGAACUGCACACGAAUUUUUGAAUCGAUGAAACUCUGGUGAUGACAAUAGUUGUUGGUAGGUUCAUACAUAUACAACAUAUUUGGCAUCGCUUCAAAGUCAAUUACAAAUAUAAAAAAAAAAAACAA